AGGAAGAGAGAGAAAGGUCCUCUCUCCAGACAUCGAAGCAUAAAGUCUGAAACUUGGAAAGAAUGAUGGAAAGCAUACUAACUUCCACAACUAAAUGGAUCGACACGCCGUGGGGAUACUGUAAUGAACAUGGAGAUAGGACAAGUAUAGAAACAAUAGCAUAAGCAACCAAAAUUUCAAACCAUAACCUUCUUUCUAGUUCUUCUUCGAGUCUCUGAUAUGGGUCGUCUCCGUUUUCUCCUAUACGCUUCUGGGUUGUCUUUGGGUCUGUGUUUUUUGGUUUCCUUACAAGCUUUUUGGGUUGUCGAUGCUAAACCCGAUCUCACCCACAUCAACCACGAUCUCUACCAUUCCAGAGAUGAUUUGAUGAAAGAGAUAAAGGGUUUAGUGCAUCGUCAUCCAGACAAACUCAGUUUAAAAACAGUUACAUCUAGAAACAAAGGGUACCAGGCUGAGGUUGCAGUUGUGACAUACGGCCGGAGAAGGGAGGAGAGUGAUGAAAGAUUAAUGUAUCGAAUCCUUCUUAGUUUUGGACAGCAUGGAAGGGAGCUUAUUACAUCUGAACUUGCAUUGAGGAUUCUCUCAGUCUUGAGUGGGGAACACUUUCUACCUAACAUGGAUUCAGACUUUUUAAAUAGUACUCUUGAUAAGCUCAUUAUUAAGGUAGUGCCGAUGGAAAACAUGAACGGUCGUGAACUAGUUGAAUCGGGAGAUCUUUGUGAGAGAAGAAACGGAAGAGGUGUUGAUCUCAACCGAAAUUGGAGCGUAGACUGGGGCAAAAAAGAAGAGGAUUUUGAUCCAUACGAGGAAAAUCCUGGAAUUGCACCAUUUAGCGAGCCUGAAACUCAAAUAAUGCGGAAACUUGCCUUGUCAUUUGAUCCACAUAUAUGGAUUAAUGUGCAUUCCGGAAUGGAGGCAUUGUUUAUGCCUUAUGACCAUAAAAACAGAACGCCUGAUGGAGUCUUGUCAGAGCGAAUGAAGUUGUUACUUGAGAAAGUGAACCUUCUUCAUUGCCACCAACGUUGCAUGAUUGGGUCUGGUGGAGGCUCCGUUGGGUACCUGGCUCAUGGAACAGCAACUGAUUUUAUGUAUGACAUUGUAAAGGUGCCCAUGGCUUUUACCUUUGAGAUAUACGGCGAUGAAGCUGCUUCAACUAAAGAUUGCUUUAAAAUGUUUAAUCCCACCGAUUUCGGUACAUUCAAUAGAGUUCUCAAUGACUGGUCUGCAGCAUUUUUCACAAUCUUCAAAUUAGGGCCACACCAGCUUGGUGAAGUCCCUUACAAGGCUUCUGCAUCCAAAUUGGAAAAGUGGGUAUCUAUAGAUGAGUAUCUUGACGGGUAUUUAAUGGAGAGGAGUAGUAGAUAUGGGAAGAAGAAGGAGGUCUUUGAGCUUGGGAUGCAAGAGAUAAGAACAUAUUUUAGGCUAUUUUUGUUAUCUUCUGUGCUUUUAAUGUUCAUGUUCUGUUCUAGAAUAUCUAAAGGCAAGUGUAGUAGACCAAUUGUUUCUGCUAUUCCUAUCUGACAUCAUUUAUAUAGUGGUGGUCUAACAUUCGAUUUUUGAAAGAAUGUGAUUGGUUGUCUUUUUUUGUUGUUGUUGUUGUACACUACACACCACCACAGGAACAAUUAUUGGGCCGUUUGUGUAAUUAUUUAUUUUUUAACCUUGGAUCUAACA